UGUAUUUCUCAUGCUUCACCUUUAUUCUGGGGUUUGGCGGUUUGAACCAGCUUCCUCUUCCCCUUGUCUUCAUCUUUAUCUCCGUGUUUGUGCGUGUGAGCUCUUAGACUCCCUCCUGCACUCAGCUGUUCUAAUCCCGUCCUCCGCCAGAGUCCCACAUGGAGUCCAUCAGGAGCUGUCUGCUGUGGCUGCUGCAGGUGCUGAUUCGGCGCUGGUUCUUUCUCUUCACUCUGUUCUGUCUGUACUACUACCACAUACGACUGGAAAAAGAUAUGAACUGUUAUUGUCUGUCCCAAGCGAGGGACUGCCGGGUUUACCUCCUGGCCCCUGCUCUAAUUCUGACUGUGGUCCAGCUCUGCGUGGACCUGGUUUUUGCUCGAGGUAUGAGAUAUCUCUACGGACGUGGCCAAGGUGCGGUGCGGGCUAAGGUGCUCCCGGUCCUGAUCAGGCGGGUGCUGGAGGCGAGCUUCGUGGGGCUCCUCUGGGUGCAGUCGCUGCUGUUGGACGCCGACUGGUACAUCUGCUGUGGGCGAGGAAAUAUCCGCUGUGGCAUCUACCCCUACAACGAUAUUUUCAAUCAGAGACCGAGUUAUGAUGAGAUCAAAAACGAGUCCCAGGUGAUCGGACUCCUGCUUGUGCUCUCGAUGUUCCUCGCAGGGGCCAUCUUGUCUUGGCUGCCAUGGGAGCGCUGGUGCUCCUUUGCCUCUUCUGAUUGGUCAGAGGCGGUGCUGGAGGAGGUUGAGCUCACGAUGGGUCAGCAAAUGAGAACCAUCGCUCGAGAGCAGCUCCGAGCCAAAGUGGACCAAUCAGGAGCCGACUGGAGGAAGUGGGAGGAGCUGGAGAAAGAGUUGCUUCUUUCCCAAACCAAAGCACCGACCGAAGUUCAGACCUCGGUUCUCAUGAGCUCCCUUACCAACGCAGAUGGUGUAUAAAAUAAAACUAGUGAAAGAUACACAAGGAUCAAACCAGGAGGAGGUCAGGACUGAAGUGAGUCCAAACAGGUGGACAAAACCAAACUAAACCAUGACUGAACCAGAUCUAACCAAGCACUGAACCAGAACUAUACCCAGAUCUGAAACCAGGCUAAAUCUGCUCAUUGUCAACUUUUAUUUACUUAGCCUUUUAACCUUUUUAUGAAUGUUUAAUGGAUCAGAUUAAAUUCCAUUUUUCAUUUUGUGUGUAAAUUACUAAAUUAAUUAAUUCAGUAAACUUGUUGAGGAUGAAUGGUGGAAGUAUGAGUAGUGAUUCUGGCUCAGAUUUGGACUCAGAUGCCCAUAGAUGGAAACUUAUAGUGAAACAUUGUUGUAGUCCUGCAAGUGCAUUAUCCCUCUGUACCUCUGGAUGCACACCAAUGUACAAUUCUUAUUUUAUCUAUUCCCAUCUCAAACAGACAUUAAAGUUGUGCUUUCUUCCGAAA